UAACUAGAUUAACUUUGGAUAACUAGUCUAAUAGUUAUUCAAAUACGGUCCUGUAAUGUCUCGUCGAAAAAAAAUUGUUUUGAUUAUUUUAAUGACUUGUUUAUACCUACCUCUUAUGAUGAACUAUUAGAUCAAUGCGGCAUUGUUCUGUAGGUUUAGUACAGGUUGGCCUUGGACUACUAUAAUAUAGCUGUUUACCACAAUAUACACGCGUGACGUCCCUAUAAACCACUCAGGUCUCAGUCUUCUAUUUAGCUUAUUGUCUGAGUAUCACGUAUGAUGUGCGCACCUCACUGGUAUAUCGCCGAUCAUAACAGUUACAACCAUGAGUGCGUUGAUCAACAAUGUGAGCUGUUUCUUGACAACGAUUUUAUUACUUCGGCCAAUAACCUGGUGUUCCUCGCAACAGACAACCAAAAAGCAGCCACAUAUAAUACUUAUUCUUGCCGAUGAUUUGGGUUGGAAUGAUGUUGGAUUUCAUGGAUCUAUUCAGAUACCGACUCCAAAUAUAGAUGCCUUAGCUUUUAAUGGAAUUAUAUUAAAUCGUCAUUAUGUACAACCCACAUGCACUCCUUCUAGAGCCGCCUUAUUAAGCGGAAAAUAUCCAAUUCGAUAUGGUCUUCAAGGAACUCCAAUAAUUGCAGGUCAAGCUUCAGCUCUACCACUAAGUGAAAAAAUUCUGCCACAAUACUUAAAAGACCUAGGAUACAGUACUCAUCUGGUUGGAAAAUGGCAUUUAGGCGCUUACCAGAGAAAGUUCACUCCUACCGAAAGAGGAUUUGAUACUCAUUUUGGAUAUUGGAACGGAUUUAUAAGUUACAGAAAUAGCACUCAUUCUAAUGAUAUAAUGAGUGGUAAGGAUGCAAGGCGCGGUUUCGACAGAGCCGGUGAUGAAAUGAUUAAUAAAUACGCGACUGAUAUUUUCACAGAAGAAGCUAUAAAAUUAAUUGAUUCGCACAAACAUCAAGAGAAACCUAUGUUUCUCAUGGUUAGUCAUUUAGCAGUACAUACUGGGGACCCUGGACCAAAUCUCUUAGAAGUAGCAAAUAAAACGUAUAAUGACGAACAAUUUAAAUACAUUAAAAAUAAAGACAGGAGACUUUUUGCCGGUAUGAUGACCUCGUUGGACAAUUCAGUGGGCAGUGUUAUUGAGUCAUUGGACAACAAUGGAAUGUUAGAAAAUAGUAUAAUAUUAUUCAUUGCAGAUAAUGGAGCACCGGCUGAUGAUCCGAUUUGGGGUUAUGGUAAUGCUGGUUCUAAUUGGCCAUUAAGAGGAGAAAAAGGAGCUGUACUAGAAGGAGGAGUGCGUGGAGUUGCUGCUUUUUGGAGUUCAUGGUUAAAAAAAAAACACCGAAUUUCCGAAAAUUUAUUCCAUAUUACUGAUUGGUUACCGACAUUAUAUACAGCUGCGGGUGGUGAUUUUAUAGAUUUAGGCCAAAUCGAUGGUAUUGAUCAAUGGAAUAGCUUAACGGAAUCGUCAAAAAUCAUGAGGUCAAUAGCGUUAGUGAAUAUUGAUGAAACACGAGGAGAGGAAGCUCUGAUUUUCAAUCAAUGGAAAAUUGUAAAAAGUAACAAAACGAGCGAUAUAGCUUAUUACCUUCGAUACAGCGGCGAUCCCGGUGACACGGGACCAGAUUAUAAUAUGCAAAGUGUUGCAAGUAGCAUAGCGGGAUCACGUCUAUCUAAAGUUAACUGUCGGUUGAACAAAGAAGACUGCAUGGAUUCAAUUACCACAUAUCAACUUUUUUACAGUAUCCGCUCCCAAGCUAGAGUGCACGAUAAAUGUUCUGAACGCAUUUCAAAACCCAGUGAACAUUAUGAAUGUUUCAACGGUUACUGUUUAUUCGAUUUAGAAAACGACCCGUGUGAGUAUAAAAAUGUGGCUAAACAACAUCCUCAAGUUCUGAACAUGACUUUGGAUAUGAUGAACGAGUUCAAAAAAGAAUUAGUGAAACAAAAUAGACCCGGUAUCGAUCCUAACUCGGACCCUCGCAAAUUCAAUGGAUAUUGGGAAACAUGGUUGGAUCAUGAUGAAACUUCUGAUAACGCGUCUAAUUCACCAAUGAUCAUUUUAAUAACAGUAUUCGUCGUCUACUUUUUAAACUUGGAUGCGCUGUUAAUUUAAUAUUAAUACAUUAUACUGUAUUUUAUAGUACCAAUAAAAAGUAAAUUUUGAUGUUUUUUUCUAACUAAUGAUUGUUGAUAAAAAAUACUUAACUUUACCUAGAUAAUUACAAUAAAAAUUGUAAGCAUAAUUACUGACAGUCUAAUUAAUUUAAUAUAGCUGUAUAAGUUAUUCAAAUAAGUACGAUGAACAGCUACUGCGUGCCUACACCAAAUUGAACAACUUCAACAAUUUGUAUUAUUCGUUAACGUAACACGAAUACCUAACUAAUAAGUACAACAAAAUAAUGACUCUGUACUGAUGUGCAUUAUAAUACAAAUACAAUAUAGCAAUUAUCGAUCUGUACUCAGAAUAAUAAAACCAUUAUAAAUUC